AUGGUGGGCGCGGGUCGAGACCGCUCCGAGGCUCCUUCCUCGGCGCGUGCUGGGAGGGGUGUUAUUAUUCCACCCCAGCACCUUCGGAGAGCACUGGAUGAUAGUAUGCAGACACCGGUGGGCGCUUCUUCUUCGGCCGGGAGAGGUCGGGGGAAGCCGAAGAGGGCUUCUAGAGGUGGACGUGGCGGCGGGAGAGGUAGGAAGGCUGCUGCGCCUUCCUUGCCGCCACCCCCAGCUGAUUCUCCGGACCACCGUAGUGCUCCGUCUCAGGAGGACUGGUCUCGGACUCCGGUCCACGAGCGUCGGGUCGACGAGCUUUCGUCCCAGGAGACUCCGGUCCCAGAGCCUUCGUCCCAGGAGACUCGGGCACCAGAGUCUUCGUCCCAUAAGACUCCGGUCCCAGAGUCUUCGCCCCAUGUGACUCCGGACACUAGUGGCCAUGCUGAUGACGAGGAGACCUGGUCUGAGGAUAGUUUUAGCGAGGACGAGCUGGUUGAGCAGGGCAAGAGGGUCUACCAGCGUGGUGGUACGAAGCUCCCGGCCGUGCCGGCGACCCGCGAUCAGAGGUGGUUGAUUCAGCCUAACAGGGAGAAUGGUUGGAUACACCCCAAUGGUGUCCGCAUGCCCAACCAGGUCCUUGGUGUGAUUUGCCGACAGCACUUCCUGGGGUGGGUCACGUUGCCCGGUGAGGGUUAG